AUGGCUAUUAAAACUAAACCCAUAUUUGCCAUUAAAAAUGUGGUUCCAUAUAACUCUAGUUUCGAUCAUUAUAUGAAAUCAUCAUUUUCUACAACGGCAACAUCAAUGGCCUACUUAGAGAAAUCUGCGAAAGCCAAUAAACCUAAAAAUAAAACCCAAACUGUUAAAUCUUGGUUUAUGGAAAAUUUUCGAAACUUCUGUAAUACCACAUCGUUACAUGGUUUCAAUUAUAUAACACGCAUGGAUUUGUCGCCGAAUGAGAGAUUUUUCUGGCUUAUUGUUACCAUAAUAGCCAUAAUUGUUUCCAUAUCAUUGGUAAUUGUAUCCUAUGUUUGGAAUGGUGAAACACCCACCGUAACCGUUAUCGAAAGUUCACAUUAUCCAACUUGGAAUAUCCCGUUUCCAGCUGUAACAUUGUGUAAUUUUAAUAAAAUUUCAAAAACAAAAGUGGAAAAUAUGGCCAGUGCUUUAAAACGCCCACCCAACACCACCGAAGAAGAUGUCAUGAAAAUGUUCAAUAUUGUCAUGUAUUAUAGUUUCGCGUUUAAUGAGACGGACGCGAAUAUGACCUUCGCCAAGCAAGUUUUGACCCUGAAUAACAUGACCAUUAGUGAUUUGUCACGCACUUUGACCCCGAAUUGUAUGGAUAUGAUAUCGCGUUGUAUUUGGAAGGGCACUAAUACACGUUGUGACGGUUUAUUUCAACGCAUCAAAUCGAUGGGUUUGGGUGAAUGUUGCACGUUUAAUUAUUUCGGAGAGACAAAACAUAAUUUUCCUGAAAAAAUCGCUUACUUAGUACCGAAACGUCCAUAUCGAGUUACGGGCUGUGGUUAUCCAACCGGUCUUUCGAUACUCAUCAAUCCCUUUGCCUUCGAUUAUUCAGCAUCUUCAUUUAGCAGCUAUGGAUUUCGCCUACUUAUACAUGAUUCAUAUACAGUUCCUGAUGAAAAUGCUGAAACAAAAAUUAUUUCAUCGGCUCGAGAAAGUUUUCUACACAUAAAUCCUGAAUCUACAUAUGCGACAAGUGAUAUAUACAAAUUAGAUGUAAAAGAUCGGAAUUGCUUAUUCCCACACGAACGGAAAUUGUCUGUAAUGCAACGUUAUUCAUUUACGAACUGCAUGUGGGAGUGUCGUGUCAAUUUGAUUUUGAAAAAAUGUGGUUGUAUACCACACACGCUGGCAAAUAAUGGUAGUUAUCCGGUAUGCGAUGUUGAUGAUGUUCUUUGUGUUUUAAAGUAUCGUGUCGUAUUCACCAGGGCACUGAAUGACAAUAAUGCCACCCUGUCUGCUGUAAGGAAUACCGCAAAAUUUCCAUGUAAUUGUUUGCCGGAUUGUCAAUCGAAUAAUUAUGUCUCAGAAAUUACCAUGGGUAGAUUAAAUGUUCGCUUGUUGUUUCAAAAUGAAGAUGUGGAGAGACCACCCGAUGACACAAAUAAUAUUUUAUUGCAUAUUUUCUUCAGUGAUUUAAUGUCAACCAGAUACCGCAAAGAAGUCUAUCAAAAUUGGUUGUCAGCUUUGGCUUCUUUUGGUGGCCUGUUGGGAUUGAUAAUGGGUUUCAGUAUUGUCACCGCAUUUGAAUUUAUCUAUUUCCUAACAUUCCGUCCAAUAUUUAAUUAUUAUAAUCAUUUAUAA